AUGAUGAGAUUUCUACUCCUAUUGGUCAUAUUUACGCUUUGCCUCACUGCAAAAGCUCAACCGACGUCGUUUCUGAUAAACUGCGGUACAAACUCAACUGUAAAUGUGGGAGGAAGAAGAUGGGUAGGCGACACUUCGCCGGAAAACAAUUUCACCCUUACCUCCACCGGAAUCGAGGCCUUUAGUUCCAUCUACAAUGGCGAUCCAGCCUAUCGGCAGCUCUACCAAAGCGCUCGAAUUUUCACGGGCAGCCUAAAUUACACAUUUUCCCUCCCGAACGGCGAUUAUUUCCUCAGGCUCUACUUUUCCCCAUUACCUUUCGACGGUUAUAACCCCAACAACUCUUACUUUUCCGUCGAGGCAAAUGGCCUGAGAUUGGUCUCGGAGUUUAACGUCCCCGGCGAGAUUGCCGAGAAGAACCUCCACCUGUCCGGCAACUCCAGCUACAGCUCGAUAUCGAAAGAAUAUUUCUUUCCCGUCAGCACCAACUCAAUCGUCCUCGAUUUCGCUCCAAGGAAAGGCUCGUUCGGAUUUGUGAACGCAAUCGAGAUUCUUCCGGAAGAAAAAAACGGGCUUUUCACCGACUCGGUGAGUCGAGUCGGGUCGAACAACGGCAAUGCCUCGUUGGGCUUGAGCAGACGAGGGAUCGAAACUAUGUACAGAUUGAAUGUCGGAGGCUCGUUUAUCGGGCCCACAAACGGCUCAUUAUGGAGACGAUGGGAAGUCGACUCGAGCUACAUGGUUAAUCCCGACGCAGGCUCGGAAAUCCGUAACCGGUCGAACAUUACUUACGCUAACCCGAACGAGACUUUCGUGGCCCCACUUUCCGUGUACGAGUCGGCUCGGACUUUGACCAACACCGGAGUUCUCGAAAAUCGGUUCAACAUGUCGUGGAAGCUCGAGGUCGACCCGGAUUUUGAGUACCUCGUCCGACUCCAUUUUUGCGAGCUCGUUUUCGACCGGCCGAACCAGAGAAUCUUCCGGAUAUUCAUCGACAACAAAACGGCAUCGGAUAAUUACGACGUGUACGCACGAGCUGGCGGGAUGAACCGAGCUUAUCACGAGGAUUAUGUCGAUUUCAUUUCCGAGAAGACUAAUACGCUAUGGAUACAGCUCGGGCCCGAUUCGACAACUGGGUCUUCUGGCACCGAUGCUCUCUUAAACGGGCUCGAGGUUUUUAAACUGAGUAAAAACGGGAACUUGGCUUACGUGCAGUCUUAUGGGAAUGUGAAAACGGGUAAAAUGUCGAGAAGACCGAUCUUUUGGGCUGGAAUCGGAGCGUCGAUCGCGAUCCUAGCUGGCGUCUGCGUGUUCAUCGUUAUCCGUUUCUGUAGGAAAAAGAACGAUGAAGCCAAGAAAAGCAGCCCGCCAGGCUGGCGGCCUCUGAUUCUUAACGGGUCUAUCGUGAGCAGCACCACGGGUAAUCAAAACCCGAACGGUGGCCAACUCGGUGGAACCGUUCGAUCCGGGAGGCGAUUCACGUUAACCGAAAUCAAAGCCGCUACGAAUAGUUUCGACGAGAGUCUCGUGAUUGGAGUCGGAGGGUUCGGGAAAGUUUACAAGGGAGAAAUUGACGACGACACAGUCGUGGCGGUCAAACGGUCAAACCCGCAGUCUCAGCAGGGUUUGACCGAGUUUGAAACCGAGAUCGAGCUGCUCUCGAAGCUACGCCACCGGCACUUAGUCUCGUUGAUCGGUUUUUGCGACGAAAAUAACGAGAUGAUACUCGUUUACGAGUACAUGGCGAAUGGGACUCUCCGGGCCCACCUGUUCGGGGCCGGGCUGCCGCCGCUGACGUGGAAGCAGAGGCUCGAGAUAUGCAUUGGGGCGGCCCGCGGGCUGCAUUACCUCCACACGGGCUCCGAAAGGGGAAUUAUCCACCGUGACGUGAAGACCACGAAUAUACUUCUCGAUGAGGGCUUCGUGGCGAAGAUGUCCGAUUUCGGGCUCUCGAAAACGGGCCCGUCGCUCGAGCACACGCACGUGAGCACGGCGGUGAAAGGGAGCUUCGGGUAUCUCGACCCGGAGUACUUUAGGAGGCAGCAGCUGACGGAGAAAUCUGACGUGUACUCGUUUGGGGUUGUGCUUUUCGAGGUGGCGUGUGCUCGGCCGGUGAUAAAUCCGGCGUUGCCGAGGGAUGAGAUUAAUUUGGCCGAGUGGGCGCUGAGGUGGCAGAGGAAGAAGUUGCUCGAGAAGAUUGUGGAUGAAAGUCUGGUCGGGAAGUUUUGUCCGGAGUCGAUGGCGGGUUUUGGGGAGAUUGCGGAGAAGUGUUUGGCGGAGGAAGGGAGGAGAAGGCCGACGAUGGGGGAGGUUUUGUGGCAUUUGGAGUAUGUUCUGCAGCUGCACGAGGCUUGGUUGAGAGGGAAUGGUGGUGGGAAUGGGCCGGAUGAUGGGGUGGGCCGGGAUUUGGGCCCGAUUGAGGAAGGGAAAGACGAGGAGCGGUCCCGGGAUUUGGGCCUGGUCGAGGAAGGGAAGGAGGAGGAGCGGGCUCGGGAUUUGGGCCCGAUGGGUGUGGUGGGGUUUGAAGAGUUUUCACAGAUGGUGAAUCAACAGGGGAGGUGA